UCACGGUGAGAAUUCCUCUGCAUUGUGAGUCUCUAUUUGUAGGCUAGCUUUUGGCUUGUGCAAUAGGGGUUCUUUUGUAUCGAGCACAAAUAUAGCGCAUGGGUGUUAACAAUUGCUAUUCUGGCGUCUCGAGGUCACUGGAUGCAUAUACGAGUGCCCGGAGAGCGUGAAUUCUGAUGCUACUUCUCCAUCUCGUUGGCUUCUAUUCCUACGAAAGAUCGGUUCAGGAUGUCGCCUCGAACAAUCGGUUGAGAGACCCGUUUCCCUUUUGGUUGAUCGAGGAUUUUCGAUGAUGCGCACAAGUAUGAAGCGGCAUAGACCGUACUUAUUCAGCUCAUUGUUUAUGGGAAGGUGAAGAGAUGGGAGUGCAGCAGUUUUUCAGUGCUCGAGGGGUGAAAGGGCAAUCUGUGGACGCAGUCUUGAAGGAGGAUCACAACUUUGGAAUGAGGGCUUGGCCGACAUGCCACAGUCUGUGUAAGUUUAUUCUUCUAACAAUGAAAUUGAAAGACGACGAACCUGAGGGUUGUGGAUUAGUAGCGGCAAGUGAUGGCGAUCAAUUGUCAGGGACCGAGAAUCGGGAACGAGGAAAUUGUGGAUACUACGAAGGCGGCUUGUUGUAGUAUUUGGAGGAGCGUCGAGUUGGAAGGAUGAGGUGGUUGCUUCAGGGUGGAGCGUACACACUGGUCAUCCAUGUCUGGCAUGCGAGGUACUUCAGUUGACGGAAACUUGGCUUGAUCAGGAUCUUCCUGGAAGGCAUUACAAGAGAAUUGCGUGGGACCUGGUUCACUUUGGUCCCACUAUGCGUCAUCAAACAGUGCAUAUUUGAGAUUUUUGUAAGACCUCCAUUCAUUUUCAGAUGGUACAUUUGGAAUGGAAGCGUGGGGUCUUAGGAUUCGCGCAGGUUGGAAUCUUGUCUUUCAGCCAUUUCUUCUCGCGGAUGCCAACUCUGAUAAGAAUAAGACAGAUGACGCAGACACUUGGGAUUCAAACUCUGGACCCCUUGUAUGUCUAGUUUGGUACGUGGAGGUACAUUAGGAACGCAUCCUUCGGGCAAUCGAGACGCGUGGGAUUGGUUAGGUAUGAUCUGGCCGGAAACUCUUCGAGAGCUUUUCAAAAGAAUGGCUCAAUGUCAGACUGCAGAUGCAUCUGCUGUCUUACAUCUUAUUUGAUGACACAAGUGAAGAUCCACAAGAGGAGCCGGGUGGUGCUAGUGAAAUUCUAUGUACCUGACUCUGAUUCUAGAGCAUGCUCAUUAGAAGCAAGUAGCCCUCGGGAGAGUUUUUUGAUCGUUAUGUUAAAGCGGCAGAUUUCAAAGCUGGGGCAUUAAUAGCGACAGUGGUCGAAAUUUCCACAGUAGGCUCAAGUAAGCCUGUCAGUGACGCACUUGUUUCUCUCCCUCACAGGGAACUGACUGAUCAGAUUCUUUGAAGAGACGCAGGGGGUUUUCUUCCAAUGAAACUACACAAAAUGCAGAAAACCGAAAAUGUCGCAAGGUUUUGAAGAUCAUAACUUCGAGCAGCAAAUCCGUCGAAUAAGCAAACUAAGAGGUAAGGUGAAGUUGAAGGAGUAGAACCACCGUCUCGAAACACUUCAGCAAUCUCUUCAGGGUCUAUAUGUGAAGGUUGCGGCUUGCGAGUUUCAUCUUGAAUCACAAAUUUCUGGCUUUGUCAGAAGGAAGUAAAGUUUAAUCGGCAUGAUCACAAGAAGUUUUCUAAUUUAUUUGUGUGGAGAUUACGUAUGCAGGUUUUGUUGUUUUGAUUCGUCUGUUCUUGGAUUUUUGAGGACAGUUGAAGCAAUUCAAUGCAAAUGCUUGUUUACCCAUGACAGCUUUGUUCAAAUAUCUUUUAGAAGAUAGCUUAAUCAACGUCCGAAUAACUUGCAUUUAGCAUCUCAAUUCGAUUUGCAGCCGGCUGCUGGACUUCAUUAUCCGACUGUAUCGCCUGCUUCGGGUGCAAUUUCGAUGCCAACCUUUGGUUGCACUUGGCACUUGACUUUGGAGACAAUCUUCAAAGAUGCAUACUCGAUUUCUGUAGACGCCACAUAACUUAUAACUGCGUGAAGAUUUAGCUUAAAUGCACUGUAAUAUCUUGAAUCCAUGCAAUGCAAUGUAUUUCAGUGAGCUUGCUCAAUGUAUGUCGAGUAUGCUCAACAGAGAAGACCGAAUGGCCCAAUGAUGUAGGUGUUGUCAACAAUUAUAAGAGGCUUUCAUUAUCAAUCUUCCUCAACUACUUAACCCGGAAAGUAGUGUCGUGGUGCGUAGGCCUUGUGCGCAUUAGACGAUGGUGGGUGGGUACUACUCUCAACCGCCUCAACCUAAUUAAUUUCCAUUAUCUAAAGACAUCAAGAGUUCCAGGAGAGUAUGCUGCGUAUUUCAGAGUUCUGUGGAUUCCCAACUCAGCCUUAACGAUUAUAGAAUUGGCAGAUCAGAUUCCAUGAAGAUGGUUCGAUCUUUUGAAGCGGGAUAAUCAGUGAUCUAGGGUUACUGUCCUGACCGUUCGUCGCAUCUCCCCUUUUAUCGUACACUACUUGCAAUGCGGAAGUUUUGGUGAAUAUGAUCAGGAAUUGAUAGUGCAACUAAGAUUGCCACCCGAGCUAUGUCCCUCGCGGCACAGUUAUUCUAGCAAUUGUUGAGGCAGUAAUGACACACUUCUGAAUGUCGCCGAUUUUUCACAGAUGCACCGAGACCCCAAGGAGGAAAUUAUUUGUAACACAGAAGUGAAGACUAACACGAGACGGCAAUGCCUACGAUAAAUAGAUCUGACACUAGUUAUUAUGAUGUAAUAAGAGCGAGUUGUUCCGCUUAUGAGGUUUUUUUUCCCCGUCGUUCUAGAUCGUCAUCAGCUACGCAUGAAUUUCUAGCUUGCUCUUGGUGCAUUUGAGAAGCGAGGGACGGAGCUCCGAGGAUGGGGCGAUUAUGGGGGUGGGAAAGCGAUAGUGCAGGACGAGCGCUAGUUUUUGCUGCGGCAAUACUACGAGUGGGGUUGAUCGUAUAUGGAGACUGGCAGGAUGCACACAUGGAGGUGCCCUACACCGACAUUGAUUACACAGUGUUUUCGGAUGCCUCAAGGCUGAUAGUAGAAGGGAAGUCGCCAUUCGAUCGCGACACAUACCGCUACUCGCCGCUGUUGGCACUCAUACUCGUUCCUAACAUCGUGCUUCAUCGAUGCUGGGGCAAAGUGCUCUUCGCAGCCGCUGAUCUGCUGGUGGGUAUUCUGAUUAGUCAAGUGCUCAGGCUGCGGGGCGUGGCUGACAAUGUGCAAGUCGUCUGCGCCGCAUUGUGGUUCUUUAACCCAUUUACGUUUGCUGUGGCGACACGAGGGAACUGCGAGGCACUCGUUUGUGUCGUUAUUCUAUGGAUUCUCAAAUGCCUCAUGACUGGGCGGCUGGCUCAGGCCGCAAUCUGGUUUGGAGUGGUGGUUCACUUCCGCAUCUAUCCAGUCAUAUACGCCCUUCCCAUCAUCUUCUUUCUUGAUGAAGACUAUCCUUCGGUGGCUGCCCGCAUUUCAAAAUACAAGCUGGAUUCGGAAGGUUUAAUGGGAUGGUUGAACCCCGAGAGACUCACGUUUGGUCUUGUUUCUGGAGGAACGUUCUUUGCACUGACGGGAAUCUGCUAUUGCUUCUACGGCAUGGAGUUUCUGCAAGAGGCUUUAUUGUACCACUUCAUGCGUACCGAUCCGCGACAUAAUUUUUCCAUAUAUUUCUAUUAUGUGUAUCUCCAUCAUUCUCUCGGGUUUACACUGCUGGAACGUGUGUUGGCAUUCGUUCCUCAAAUGGGUGUUCAAUCAGUAAUUGCAAACUACUUUGCGAAGGAUCUGCCUUUCUGCUUCUUCGCUCAAACAGUGGCUUUCGUCGCUUUCAACAAGGUGAUCACUGCACAGUAUUUCGUGUGGUUCUUUUGCCUGCUCCCUGUCAUCAUUCCAGCCAGUAGAUUGAGUUGGAAGAAAGGAGCUCUGUGUAUGGGUGUUUGGACAGCUGCUCAGGUGCAUUGGUUAGGCUGGGCUUACCUUUUAGAAUUCAGAGGAUAUAAUGUGUUUUUCCAGCUAUGGACAGCAAGCCUUAUAUUCUUCGCUGCCACUGUGGGUAUCCUUGGCGUUAUUGUGCAUCAGCACUCGCUUUGCCCUCUUUUCCAACAGGGCAAGCUUGUUCGGAUUCGCCGGUUUCCCAAUACCAAGUCUGAUUGAUAGUACUGUUUACUCGUGUGGACUAAUUAUGAGAAUCUUUUCCAAUUGCUACUCUUUGCUUA